CUUUAUGUCAGAUUAAAUAGACAGACAUGCAACACAUUGCAUACAUACAUAGUGCAAUACACUUACAGACAGACAGUAUUCACAUAGACAACCAUAUAGCACAAUACAACACAAAAUGAGCCUGGUUCAUUUUCAGUAAUGAGGCCCUGUACCCCAUUUACAGUUUAUACUUCAAUGUAUCAGGUGGAGUUAUUCACCAGCUAUAGUGUUUGUUUCUAAGACUGCAGGGUGGGAGAUGCAACAAUGGCCUUGAGAACAGCAGGAAGUGUGUUGGUGGUCUUUCUCUGGUCUGUAGCAGUGGUGCUGGGUCAGGAUGGCUGGAAUGUGACUUACACCAAGAAUAGAAUCUGUGUCUUGAAGGGGUCUUCAGUGGAGCUGUCCUGCUCUUACACAUAUCCCAGUGGUCAUACAGUCACAACAGCCUUCUGGUUCACUGAAUUGGGGACUGGUGUAGAACCUGACAGUCUAGGUCAGGACCCAGAGUAUUCAGGUCGUCUGGAGUAUCAUGGAGACAAGAAGAAUGGUCAAAGCCUGAAAAUAACAGACCUGGGAGAGAGUGACUCUGCUGAGUACAAGUUCAGAUUUAUGACAAAUCAGGAAGGAGGGAAAUAUAUGGGCAGUCCUGGAGUCACUCUGUCUGUCACAGGUCUUCAGGUGAAGGUGACUGGUGGACAUCAGGAUAAGACACUGACCUGUAGCACCACCUGUACUCUGACUGACAACCCCACCUACAUCUGGUACAAGAACGGACACAAAGUAAAGGAGGACACUUCCAGCCUGUACUCAGACUCCUUUAGUGAUGCAGACAGGUACUCCUGUGCUGUAAAAGGCCAUGAGGAUCUCCACUCUCCUGCAGUCUGUCAGAACUGUUGGAUUGUGACUUACACCCAUCAGAGUAUCUGUGCCUUGAAGGGGUCAACAGUGGACAUAUCCUGCUCUUACACAUAUCCCAUUGAUCAUGAGAUCAAAACAACUUUCUGGUUUACUAAAUGGGAGUCUGAUAUGGAUCCUGAAGAUCUGAGCUCAGUGCCAGGAUAUGAGGGUCAUAUAGAGUACCUUGGGGAUAAGAAGAGUGAGGGUACCCUGAGAAUCACAGACCUGAGAUUGAGUGACUCUGCUGGGUACAGAUUCAGAUUAAUAACAUCUGGAGAUAAGUUUGCUGGCUCACCUGUCUCCCUGACUGUCACAGAUGUUGUGUUGGAGAUGGUUCCUACAUCUGUGUCAGAGAGUGAGAGUGUCACACUGACAUGUAGAACCAAAUGUACGAUGGACCCAAUCGCAGCAUUUAUUUGGUAUAAGAAUGGACAACCUAUACCAAACAGCAACACCUACUCUCUUGUCUAUAGCCUAUUCUCAGUCAGCAGUGAGGAUACAGGCAGAUACUCCUGUGCUGUAGAAGGCCAUGAGGAUCUCCCCUCUGGUGAAGAGACUCUCACGGUCAGAUAUGGACCAAGGAACACCUCAGUAUCCGUCAGUCCCUCUGGUGAAAUAGUGGAGGGCAGUUCAGUGACUCUGACCUGCAGCAGUGAUGCCAACCCACCUGUGGACAAAUACACCUGGUACAAGAAGAACGUAGCCUCACCAAAAGCAUCAGGACAGAGUUACAGCAUCACUAACAUCAGCUCUGAGGACAGAGGAGAAUACUACUGUGAAGCUAGAAACAUUAAAGGGACAGAGACUUCCAUCCCUGUCCAUAUUAAUGUUAUGUCAGUGUUUCCCUGGGUUCCUGUGAUGGGGGUGGGGGCUGUCCUGACUGCUGGAGCUCUGCUCCUCACCAUCUACUGCUAUAUGAAGAGGAGAUCCACAGGAGGAAAUGAUGCAACAACAGACACACAGAGUGUCCACCAUGACCCUAACAGUGACACGUACACAGGUCUGAACGUGAGGACCAGUUCAACUGACUACGACACUCUGGCAAGUGUCCAUCCUGACCCUAACAGUGACAUGUGCACAUCUCUGAAGAAGAAUACCAGGUCACCAGAGUGACAUCCAGGCAGUAGAUACUAAGCCACCAUAGAACCUGGACUGAAGAGAACCACCACAGAACCUGGAUUGAAGACAACCACCACAGAACCUGGAUUGAAGACAACCACCACAGAACCUUGCAUUAAAAUAAUCUAUGCCGAAUCUGGACCUAGGAUUUCCAGACAAUGAACUUUAACUUCUCCACAAACAUUUAAGUUUAAUGUUUUUUCCUUGUAACGUUAAUUAUAUAUAUUGAAGAUAAAUAGGAUGGAUUAUACUUCUACUCUUUUACAAUGGGACAUUUCCCCAUUGUAAAAUAUGUAUAAUAUUGAAAACAGCUUUUAAUAUGUUUUGCUUUCGCACCUUGUUGCUCCUCAUGUGUUAAUUGACUUACUUUGUAUUGCUGUCAGACAUUAUUGUGCCAUGGCAUUUAUGAAUAUUAAUAUCACAAUCACACUUGAUUUAUGGUGACAUUUUUUAUGAUUAUUUCCAAUACAGUGUGAUUCAGUGUAAAUUAUGCAUUUUGUUGUGAAUUAGCUCAAAGUUUAAGACAAUAAAAUGUUUUAAACUUUAAAGCAAUAAAAGUUGCUUUAAAUAUUA